AAGCACCAGGCUUUUGCGAACAUCCACUCCAAAAACGAGCACGGGCCUCCAGUCUCCAUUUGCACAUACCGCCCUAUUGACAGGCAAAAAACACCACUGAAACCCACAAAAUGGUCUCCCGUUCUCUUUGCCGGAGCCUUCCGUUCAACCGCCAGCUUGCGCUUGGCCGCACGCUCCGCCCGAACUACUUUCCCACUCCGGCUGCAGUUUUUUCCGUGGGCCCAAGGAAAAGCAACUACUUCGCCAGAUAUAAUUCGACCAAAGCUGGCUCAAACAGCCCAGUCGAGGACCUCUCCAAGAAGGUGGCUCCGCUGCAAACGGUCAAGCACACCGAGUUGUCCCAAGAUGUCGCUGCGCAGGAAUUGGUGCAGAGUGGGCAGAAGGAUGAUGCCAUGCCAGCAGCGCCCAAAAAAACAAUCUGGGAAAAAGUGAAGCACGAGGUUGCUCACUACUGGGCAGGCACUAAGUUGUUGGGCUACGAGAUCAAGAUCUCCACCAAGUUGUUGUUCAAAUUGGCGUCGGGCUACGGGCUCUCGAGAAGAGAAAGUAACCAGUUGCAGAGAACCAUUGUGGAUGUGGCCAGAUUGAUUCCUUUCUCGAUGUUCCUCAUCGUUCCUUUUGCGGAGUUGCUCUUGCCAGUGGCUUUGAAGAUAUUCCCCAACUUGUUGCCUUCCACGUACGAGUCGUCUUCUGACGUCAAGAAAAAGAGAGCCCGGUUGUCCAAGGCUCGCGCCAAUGCGUCCGAGUUCAUCAAGAAGACCAUGGAGGAGUCCGGGCUCAAAUUGUCGAAGAAGAUUUCCGAGAAGGAGAGAGAGGAAUUUGUCUCGUUCUUCCACACUAUUUCCAUGGGCAAGACCCCCGCCAAGGAGCACCUCAUCAAGGUGGCCAGAAUGUUCAAGAACGACCAGGUCUUGGACAACUUGUCGCGCCACCAGUUGAUGGCCAUGACCAAGUACAUGUCCCUUAGACCGUUCGGCACCGACUCUAUUUUGCGCUACCAGAUCAGACACCGUUUGUUGACCAUCAUCAAGGACGACAAGGCCAUCGACUACGAGGGCGUGGACUCCUUGACCGUGCCUGAAUUGCAGCUUGCCUGCUCCCAAAGAGGUAUCAAGACGCAGGACGCUUCGCCAGCCCGUUUGAGAGAAGACUUGGACACGUGGUUGGACUUAAGAUUGAGACAGAAGAUUCCUUCCACCCUCUUGAUUCUUUCCUCCGCGUACACCUAUGGUGAGCACACUCAGGGUGUCGACACUUACUAUAGUGCUUUGUUGGCUGUGUUGUCUUCGAUUCCAGACGAGGUAUACAACGUUGCCAAGUUGGAGUUGGCUGAUGACUCCAAGUUGAAGUUAGACAUCUUGAAGGAACAGGACGAGAUGAUCAAUGAGGAAAACAUCCGGGAGAAGGAUACUGUCAACCAGAUCAAGGAUAACAUCAAGUUGGAUGAAUACGAGGAGACUGCCACGGAGGGCAUGAAGAUCGAGCAGGACGAUGACAAGAGCUCUGAACAGAGCAAGGAAUCUGCCGAGCAGAAGCCAGAGCCCAAAAAGUAAGCCUGUUGG